AAAGAUGCGAUUUUUAUAGCCCUCUUCUGCGACUCGGUCUGCCCUCUCUUUCUGUGUCUGCUCCUCCGCCGUUUUAUCGGCAAACGCCUGCCGUCGCCCACGAGCAUAGAGAGCUUCGCCUGCGUUGCGGCCGAUAGCCUCUGGAGCACGAAGGUGGUCAAUCGGCACCUUAAGUGUCUGUCUUCGGUUAGAGAGGAGCCCGCUCCCACUGCCGCCCCUUUCUAGACGUCUUCUGCGGGUGAUGGACGAACGGAGGGUGCGGGAGAACCGCGUCCCUCUCAAGGACGUGGUAGUGGACUGCACCCGUCGGUGGUUCCAGGAUGCGCUCAAGGAGGCAAAGGCCGGGGAUACUGCGAUGCAAGUUCUUGUUGGUCAGAUGUACCAGAGCGGCUACGGAGUCUCGAAGAACGAGCAAAAGGCAAAUGCUUGGAUUACAAAAGCAUCAAGGUAUCGAAGUUCAGUGUGGAAGGUUAGCGACAAACAGCCAGGUUAUAAUGCUAGUGACUCCGAUUCUGAUGAGAACAUUAAUAUGGAAUCAUGAGCAGAAUGGCCUGAAUUAAAGAAGAUCCAUUUUCAGUGCAUCAACACACCAACUAUUUACGUUUUGUUUCCCAAGGAUUGUAUGACCAAUUGUUAUGAACCAAUUGUGUUUUUCAAGCUGUGCAACUUCUUCCAGUCUUUUCAUUUAGGACUGUUUAUUGUAAAUGAGUUGUAUUUGGGUACAUUAAUCUUUUAAUUGUGUGAUUUUUUUUUUUUACAAACAAAUGUGAUUUCUGGAUGUGACUUGUAGUUCCCUUGAAGGUUUGUUUCUUUGUUUUUAAAUGUGUCAUAGUUAGAGCUGAAUGUUUUACAUUAAUCUUUCAAUUGUGUGAUUUUUUUUUUU